ACACCAUAACACCUCAGCACCAUCGAACAACAGAACACCUCAGCUCCAUAGAACAACACAACACCAUAGCAGCACAGCAGCACAUGAUAGACAGCCUUUACACAAACUUGAAGCAAACGAAAAGGGAAAUUCCCGAACACGACCUCUUGAACACGGAAGAGACCAAAACCUGACCCUGACCCUACCCUUGACGCGGGUCAUUUCCUUUCUCACGACCCAAGUUGGCUUUACAACAAUUUACAUGGCUCGGCACAUCUCCGUCAGGCAUGUAGGUCUGACCUGGAUUUGAACUCAAUUUUCGGUCCCAGGACGCCAUGUUUAAAUCAACGUUUGACAGUUGGCGGCGGCCACUUCCGGUGUACGACGACAAGCAGCAGAUGAGGACCCGCGCGAGGGAGGAGAGGAGGAAGAGGAAGGAAAAUGCCAUCUUGACAGAAAACUGCAAGCAGACGAUAAUCUUGGGCAAAAGAGGGAUUGGCGUCUUCCGUCCGACAGACAACCUGCCCAGCUACCAGGUCAAGCUUAGACACCAUCAGCCAUACAGGUCUAAGGGAGCUAUACGUACAUCAUUCCCGCCAUUUUCUGAAGAAUGCAUCAAAAGUCGACCGGAAUAUUUCACAGAGGAGUGGAUGGAUACAGAUCAGGUCGUUCAUAAACAUGACGUCAUCGGAUAUGCCAGCUUGAUUGCUAAUUUAGACAACAAACUGACUGAGGGUAAAAUAUCCACCAUUGUGAGGUACAAAGAUAAAAUCAUCGCCAUGAAAAAGGCCUUGAACCGUGCCCAAAUACCGGCAUCAGGGGUCAAAGUUCAAUGGAGACUUGCAUCAAAACAGAAAAGUCCCAAGUUGUGUUUAGUCUUUGUUAUGCUCAACAGAUUUGCCACUGUUGUAGCUUUGAUCCAGCUCAGUGCCAACUCAGCAAUUUGUGUCUUUGAGAGCAUUGCAGGUGCUUUGAGGGCAGUCAAUAACUCUAGCAGUAGACAGGCUUCACUCAUUCUCAUCGUGUCUUGGUGGCAUGCACAGAUGGCGAGCGCGUCCGUACGAGAGCGCAUCAAACAGAACAAGUCACAGACAGAAAAAUGGCUGCUCAGCCAGGGGGUGGGGGCGCUUGACAACGUGUGUACGGAGAAACCCCCGACAGAUCCAAAACAAACAUCAGAAGAGGACGACCAAAGACCACAGGACCACCAGCACGGGAUCACGCUGAAGUACGCUAGCCCCAAGCCCCGGGCUGACCUGUCCGCUAUCUCUGAGAACUACAUCCACCAGCUCAAGGCCAGCCUCUCCCGCAUCAACGUCAGCAGCGAACACAUCGUCAGCCGUCGGAACACGAGGGCCUACCUCAAGGGCACCAUGAUGGGCGUCUUAGUGACUGUCCGUGAACGUGAUUGAAUGGAAGACAUCAGGUGACAUCAGAUGACAUCAGAUGACAUCAGAUGACAUCAGAUGACAUCAAGUGACAUCAGGUGACAUCAGAUGACAUCAGACCUGAAGCUUGUCACAUCCCAUGGUGUAGAUGAGUCCAAAUGUUUACAGAGCGGCUAUUGCUCUCAUACAUGGCGUCCAUCUUGUGAGAAGACUUCAGAAGCUGUCGAUUCAUCUUGCCAAGUCUUUGAUUAGUUAAAAAGUGUGAAUGUGAACAUCGAGAAAUAGGAAUACAAUUUUUAUGA